CCCCUGGCUGCUCCUGCGACAAGAUGGCGGACUGGGUGGACUCGCUCUUUGACUCCCGCUCCUUCCCGUGCUGCGGCCUCCAGGAGUUCAGCCUCCUUCCUGGCCACAGCAAGAUAACAGAGAGAGUGAAAAAGCGGCUCUACUAUGGUCGAGACAUAGACUACAACAUGGACGCUCUGUCCUGUCCUGUCACUGAUAUUGCAGUCGAACUGCUUCAGAAAUCAGCACCGAGCCCGAUCAGAAAACUCCGGAAGAAAUAUGCAGCUCAUGUGGCGAGGGAGGCCUGUAUCUCACCUUGUGCAAUGAUGCUUGCUCUUGUCUAUAUUGAACGGCUUCGACAUCGAAACCCUGAGUACCUGCAGCAGAUCUCUUCAUCUGACCUUUUUCUAAUAUCGAUGAUGGUGGCCAGUAAGUACUUGUACGAUGAGGGAGAAGAGGAGGAGGUGUUUAAUGAUGAGUGGGGAGCUGCGGGCAAGUUGGAUGUUCAAGUGGUCAACACUCUGGAAAUGAACUUUCUGCGAGCCAUUGAUUGGAACCUGUACGUGAAUACCCAGGAAUUCUUUGAGCUUCUGAGUCGACUGGAGGGAAGGGUGGCUGAGUCACAGGGACUAAAGCGAGGCUGGUUCACAUAUACGGACUUGUGUGUGUUACUAGAACAGGCACUGUGGCAACAAGUGUUUACAGAAUUCUACCAGCAUGUUGUCAAGGUUGCCUGCAUGUUGGGGCUCGUGUACCUAACCAGUGUUGCAGGAAUAAUAGCUGGUUCUGCGGUCGCUCGGCAAGCCAUGUGCUCAAAGGGUCAGGUGGAUGUGAUCCCCAACGCUGAGAAAUCCGUUUUGAGUCAAGGGGUGAUCCUGGAGCCGGUGAAAUGCUCGCAGGAGGCUGAAUCUUUCCCAUCAUUUAAUGCAGUGGCCAUUGAUAUGGCCAGAUCUCAAGGUUCUCCCUCCAGUCUCCAUUGCUGCAUGUUGGAAAAUGACUCAAGCAAGAGAAAUUCUGGCAUUGCGAUGACGGCUCUGUGUAUUUGGGGGACUGCCCUGACCUCCCUCACGUACAUGACUGACCAGAGGAACGUCCAAAUGGAGCCAGGAAUCCCACCGCCCAUUUCCUGUUCUACUUGUUGCAGGCUACAGAGUGAAACAGGGCUGGCUGUCCAAUGUGGGGCAUCAAACCACACGUCCAUUACCAUCGCCUUCCGCCACAACCCUUCGGAGAUGUUCUCGACCUUCAGUUCACGCAGCAUGUUCUCCCCUGGAUGUCGAAGUUGCACAAAGGGUAGGGUGAUAAAGCAGCCUCCUUCAGCUCCCAGCUUUGAGCGACUGAUGGACCUUCUGUGUCUCCCUGGUUCUCUGAGGAUGAGAAGGUGUCCUAUGGAAACAACAACAGCAUUCAACCAGCUCCUGAUACCCGUCUUACCCAGUUAGGCAUUCAAUCCUCCUUCCAGCAGACUUUGCAAUUAUUUGUUGCAGUUCUGACAGUUUUUUUCCCCUGAUCCCAUUUAGGAACAUUCAACUAAUCUUAAAAACCCAGCAAUCUGACCAGCAAGAAGGUUGUUAAAGUCACAACGCUCUCUCGGGCCAACCAGAAUCCGGUGGCCAAUCUGGCAGCUGUUCCUAACCUCCGUUAGUUAGAAGUAGAAUGAACUCGCCAACACCGAUAUGUGUGCGUGCUAACAAAUUUGUUAUAUGUACCUCCAGGAUAAAAUUGUAAGGGAGGGGCACUAAAUCAGUUUCAGUGAACAUUAGCAAUAAAUUUGAUAUAUUCAAAGUUACGUUCAUUUAUGCAGGCCCUUUAUGCAGAGUAAUGUUCUCGAAAUACUUCCUCUACGAUAAACUACUUUGAGAUGUGGCGACUUAUUCUGCUGUAGUUUUGCGCUGGGCAAAUUGCACAAAGAGCGGCAGAAUGAAAGAUCUCAGUCUUGGUGCUGUUGGCUGAAGGAAGAACACCAACCAAGGAACUGGAAGGACACCGCUUGAGCAGUGCUGUGGAAUUUCUUUCAAUGUCAACUUUAACCAACUCUUGCAAGAAAGUUGUAACUGUAUUUGACAUCUCGUCUGAAGGACGGCAUUUCUGAUAAUGCAUCACUCCAUGUGCUGCAUCACAGAAGAGCCUAGGACACAUAACUAAAGCCCUGUAAGCACCACCUGUUACUGAACUUCUUCAUUUCAACAAACAAAGGAAAAUCUCACCAACACUGACGGCGUGUGAUUUACUUUUAAGUCACAGAAUUUGACAUUUUGCAGGAUUUCUAGAUUCUACGUCUUUUAUUACAACAUUUGAAGAGCUUUUAUAUUGAAAAGGUUUGAUGAAGGUAUCAAGGAUUUGGAUGUGGAAUCCAAAAGGUUCCUGAUGCUGGAAAACCUGAGCAUAAGGUGACACAACUUGUGCAUCUUUGUGAAGAUGCACAAAGCUGUAUUUACUAAUAACUGUCUUUGUGAAGAUGCACAAGGCUGUAUUUACUAAUAACUGUCUUUGUGAAGAUGCACAAGGCUGUAUUUACUAAUAACUGUCUUUGUGAAGAUGCACAAGGCUGUAUUUACUAAUAACUGUCUUUGUGAAGAUGCACAAGGCUGUAUUUACUAAUAACUGUCUUUGUGAAGAUGCACAAAGCUGUAUUUACUAAUAACUGUCUUUGUGAAGAUGCACAAGGCUGUAUUUACUAAUAACUGUCUUUGUGAAGAUGCACAAAGCUGUAUUUACUAAUAACUGUCUUUGUGAAGAUGCACAAGGCUGUAUUUACUAAUAACUGUCUUUGUGAAGAUGCACAAAGCUGUAUUUACUAAUAACUGUCUUUGUGAAGAUGCACAAAGCUGUAUUUACUAAUAACUGUCUUUGUGCUGUAUGAGUAGAUUAUAUUGAGUGUUGUAUUUACUAUGCAGUUAUAGUUGGGCUUUGGGGACCCUUGGUUUGACUCUCUAAUGUUUUUUUAAGGUGUGAUUUUCUUACCUGGAGACUUUGUCUCCUAUAAUCAUUUAGAGAAAUUUUAAGAUUGAUGGAGGCAUUAAAAACAAAUUUUACUUUCACAGGAUGAAAGGAGGAAAACAGAAAAAGUGCCUCAAUGCAACUACUUCAGUGAUGAAGUUUGUUACAAAGCAUUGCUGGACAGUUGGCUUAAGUAACUUGGGUCAUUUGUUGAAUGACAUUGAAUGAAUUAUUGGGCUUUGGGAGUAAGUGAAAGGCUUUGUAAUUAGCAUUUAUAUUUUUUUUAGGUAGCCUCUUACAGGGUGAUUUCUCCCAUACGUUGCAUUACUUCGUACAAAUCACUAACGUGGCAGACUCACACGGCGACUCUGGUGCUUGCUGGGAGUGUGCAGAUCUGUUACGGGUGCUUAAGGUUGUCAGCGAUCUGGUACACCAGCACAGUCUCAUGUUGGGCUGCCUUUUGUUCCAAUUUCGUGGUCUUUGGCAAUAAAGCGUCCAGGACUAAGCUGCAAAGCUUGUCCAUUAGUUACUCCCAAAAGAAUUUAUUAAAUAGUGAUCUAAUACUUGGUUUAACGGGCAGUCAAAAUGGAAAUAAAUGCCUGUUCCUCUUUCCCUCCACAAAGGAGCCCAUUGCAUUUACAUUGCCCUUGAGUUUAUUAAACAAACCUUUUGAAGGGUGAGAAUAAACUUCCCUCUAUUUCCACCCUCCCCAACCUCUUUAUUUUGUGGAUCUCAUGUAUCACUGCAGCUUGUGAGGGUAACAGUAGCCCAUUUAUUGUUUUUCUUGGUGGCACCUCAUCCAGGAGUGUGCCUGAGAGCACAGAUUCAUUGUCACAUGGGGAUACUUCCUGUUCCCAAACCCUCUCCUCUGUCAUAGGAUGCUCGUGUUGAUGUCAAGACCAGCACUUAAUCCCUAAUUGAGAUGGUGUUAAUGAGCAUCUUUUUAAACAGCCAUUGUCCGUGUGGUGAAGAUGCUCCCACUGAGAUGUUGGGUAGGAAGUUCCAGGAUUUUGACCUGGAAUGACGGAACAGUAAUGGGGUCAAAUCAGGAUGGUGUGUGAAUUGAAGGGGAACUUGGAGAUGACUGCUGCCAUUGUCCUAGGUGAGAGGAAGUUCACAGGUUGGGACUUGUUUCUUGUUGGGCUUGCAGUGAACAAACCAGUCUUAACAGAUCAUGAAUGACCCAGCAAGCACUAAUCCAGUGCUGAGUGUGCUGAUUUCAGCCAGAGCAUUGACGGGAGUUUCUUUUCGUUAUCGAUUCCACCACCUGUGAGGGUCGGCGGAAGGCAAACUGAAGCAAGGUGAUACUUUCAACUGCUGUCUAAUGGGCCUCUCUACAAAUGUAUAUGUACUGGAGAUGAAAGGAUAACUUUGGAUGUGAUGUGGACAGUUGAAUAGACUACCAGCACACCUUUGAGGCAUAAAGGUUUGCCUCUUGAGUGAGAUACAACAGAGCAACCUCAGUACAUAAGAAAAAGGAGUAGAUCUUCCUGUUUGCCCAGCCAUUCAUAAAGAUCACAGCUGACUUUCUUCUACUAAUCCCAAAUGCCAUUAUUCCCAUCAUAUCGAAAAAUCUAUCCAGCUGCUAUUUAGCAACUAUGCCUCCACAGCCCAUGUGGGUAGAGAAUUCUAUUGAUUCACUACCUAUUUAGGUGAAGAAAUGUCUCCUCUCAGUCUGAAAUGGCCAGCUGCUUAUUUUGAGUCUUUGAACCCUGGUUCUAGACAGUCAAGGCAAGGGAAACAGCCUACCUGCAUCUACCCUCUCAAGUCAUCUUAAGGGUGUUAUGUGUUUCAGUGAGACCCCUCUCUAUAGGAUACAGGCCUUGUCUGCUUAAUCUCUCCUCUUAGGACCAUCUCCCCCAUCCGUCUGCACUCCUAUUGUAGGGAGACUAGUCCUGUCUAUUUCCAACAGUGGCCCACCAUGGCCCCAUACAAGAUAUCUUUACUCUUGCACUCAGAUUCUCUUGCAGUAAUGGCCAAGUGUAUGUUUGUCUUCCUAAGUUCAUGCUGUACUUAAAGUGGCUCAUACAACGGACAGCCAAUUUCCUCUGAACACCAUUCAGUUCUUCCCCAUUUAAAAAUAAUGGUAGGAAGCAGACCAACGAGGAAUUUAUGUUGAAUAUCUGCCUCAAGAAUGGAGAAAGUGGAUGAGUCCAGGGUGAAGGAAUUCCAAAACAAAUCAUCACACAUGUAUCUGUAUUUGAAAUAUCCCCAUCACAAAUAUCAAAGUGUCAGCUUGCUCUUAUUCAUUGAAUGACAAUGGUGUUUCAAACAACUCCUUUUACCAGGUGUCAGAGUGGGUAUAGAAAUGCAAAUAGCAGCAAAGAAAGGGUGUGUUACCAGUACCCUCGGAAAUGAUGGCUCAUAUUAAAUGGGAAAUCACAUGCCCUUCUGUUUUGUAAUGGCUAAAACAUUUUUAUCAUGCGAGAUGAAAUAAAAUGUACAAACACCGAACAAUUUUGCUGUGACUGAAAUUCAUUCUUUAGAAGUGAGAAGAAGAGGCCAAUUGGUCACAUUCUGCCUGAUCAAUGACCUACCCCCAUGUUUUCUCCAGUCCUGAGUAUUUAUUGACACAUUCUGAGGCCGUCCCUCGAGGUUGAGGACAACUUGCUUUCACCUCAGACCUGCAAGUUCUGAAGAAGCUGAUGAAACCUAUGCAAGAUCAGGCCUCCGCCAGAAGUGGGAGAUGACGUGCUCCUUCCGCCGUAUGCAUUGAGCUUCCGUGCGCUGCCAAUAAGAGAUCCAGGGAUGUCAAUGACAUCCCAGAUCCUGCUUCUCCAUUGUGAUCAAUCAUGGACCAAUGAUUCGGAUCAGAUUAGUUUAUUGUCAUAUACAUCAGGGUGCAAAGGAAUUCCUUGUUAGUGUGAAGCUCGCAGGGUAAACAGUGUAGAUGGUAAUAGUAAAUACAGCAAUGAACACAGAUCAGUGGAAUAGUGCAAAGUAUAUGGUGCAAGCUGACAAAAGAAAUGCUCAAAUAAUAACAGAAGAGGUAGAAUUAAGAGUCUGAGAACGUGGCAGCACCACUGGGAGGGGGACGUGAAUGAGGUGAUGGGUUCAGAUGUCCGAUAGCAGUGGGGAAGAAGCUGUUCUUGAGUCUGGUCGUCUGGGCUUUCAAUCUCCUGUGUCUUCUCUUGGAAGUUAGAAGAGAGAAAAAGGAAUGGCUAAGGAGGCAGGCGUCCUUGAUUCCCAGGAGUCAGUGGGGAUGAUACAAUUUUUUUCAAAGAGGCUCUGAAAAUAUCCUUGAAGUGUGACAGAGUUCAGAGUAGAGUACAGAGUUUCGUACUAGGCUUGUGAACGAUGUGGCCCACACAUUGGAGCCAGUUAAGUAUGGUUAGAGCUUUGAUGCUGGGGGUAUUGGCCUGCUUUGAAGAUUUUACAGGAGACAAUAUUGGUGCUACCUCUUUAGUGCUUUGAGGUGUCUGCUGUAUGUAGUCCAUGAAUCAAAAUGUGCCACUCUCUUUGACUAAGCUGGCUGCUUUACCAAGGCAACAAGAAGUGUGGGCAAGAGUCCAUA